GGGGCGCCAUGCUGGCUGCACCCUAAGGAUUGGCCAGGUGGCACCCUCUCCGGCCGCACCUGACUAGGAGGGGCCUCAAAGCGACAGUGACCAGGGCACUGCCCUGAGCAUGCAGGGGGCGCCCCGAGGACAGGGUGGGCCCCUAGAGCCGUCCCAGGCUGAAGCUGACGUGAGGAGACUGGGCUGCCAGCCGCACGGCCACGAUGGACAAGUUCCGGAUGAUCUUCCAGUUCCUGCAGUCCAACCAGGAGUCCUUUAUGAACGGCAUCUGCGGCAUCAUGGCGCUGGCCAGUGCCCAGAUGUAUUCCGCCUUCGACUUCAACUGCCCCUGCCUGCCCGGCUACAACGCAGUCUACAGCGCGGGCAUCCUGCUGGCACCGCCGCUGGUGCUCUUCCUGCUCGGCCUGGUCAUGAACAACAACGUGUCCAUGCUGGCCGAGGAGUGGAAGCGGCCCCUGGGCCGCCGGGCCAAGGACCCUGCCGUCCUGCGCUACAUGUUUUGCUCCAUGGCGCAGCGCGCCCUCAUCGCACCCGUGGUCUGGGUGGCCGUCACCCUGUUGGAUGGCAAGUGCUUUCUCUGCGCCUUCUGUACCGCCGUGCCAGUGGCUGCACUGGGCAAUGGCAGCCAGGCACCUGGCCUGCCCGCUCCUGAGCUCGCCCGCCUGCUGGCCCGGGUGCCCUGCCCGGAGAUCUACGACGGCGACUGGCUGCUGGCCCGCGACGUGGUCGUGCGCUACCUGCGCUGCAUCUCCCAGGCGCUGGGCUGGUCCUUCGUGCUGCUCACCACGCUGCUGGCCUUCGUGGUCCGGUCGGUGCGGCCCUGCUUCACGCAGGCCGCUUUCCUCAAGAGCAAGUACUGGUCCCACUACAUCGACAUCGAGCGCAAGCUCUUCGACGACACAUGCACGGAACACGCCAGGGCCUUCGCCAAGGUCUGCAUCCAGCAGUUCUUCGAGGCGGUGAGCCAUGACCUGGAGCUGGGCCACGCCCACGGGGCCCUGGCCACUGCCACAGCGGCCUCCACGGCCCACAGCCCGACCGACGGCACUGGAGAGGAGAGGGACAAGCUUCGCGGCAUCACGGACCAAGGCACCAUGAACAGGCUGCUCACCAGCUGGCACCAGUGCAGGCCACCCCUGCACCUAGGCCAGGAGGAGCCACUGCUGGGCAACGGCUGGGUGGGGGGAGGGCCCCGGGCCCCGCGCAGAGAGGUGGCCACCUACCUCAGCAGAGUGUAGACCCUCGAGCCACACAGAGCACAGGCUGGGGGCUGGCAGAGACCGGCAGCCCCAUGUCCGCAGGCCCCAUGAGCAAGGAGGCUGGGAGCAGGCGGCCGUAGCCCGGGGCUGUGAUGGCCGCUGGAGGCUGGGACAGUGGCCCUGGGCAGUAUCAGUCAGAGCUGACUUGGAGGUGCAGCACGGGACACCUGUCUCCCCUCCCAGGGGCUGACUCACUCCCUGACUCACUUCUCAGGCCUCACGGGUUUGCGUGCCCAGGAUUCCCUCUUGCCUGUCACUUUUUUUUUUUUUUCCUCAAUUUGUUGGCGACUGAAUCCAAGGCCUUUUAU